CAACAAAAGAUCCCCGCACCGCUAGGCUCAAACCCAGAGCUAGCUAGCCUAGCCAUGGCAGAGCACGCAAGAGGCUCCCAAAUCCUUCUCAUUUACCUCUGCCUCCUCCUACUAUCCUCCUCGGCGCACCUGGUGACGAGCAUGGACCUUGACAGCUACGACGACUACGACAACUUCUCCGAUGAGUUGGUGGCACCGGCAGACUACGACGACGAGAGCUUCUCCGACGAGGCGGUAGCGGCACCAGCACGGCGCCGCCUGUACGACAUCAGCCUCAACGCCUCCUCCUCCAACAGGUCCGGCGCAGCCUUCUGCAGGCUGCUGUUCCUGCAGAUACUGGACCUGUCCAACAACAAGCUCACGGGAGAGCUGCCGGAUUGCCUGUGGGAGAUGCAGGCGCUGCAGUUCAUGGACCUGUCGAACAACUCCUUCUCGGGCAAGAUCCCCGAAGCUCCACCGUCCCACAACUGUUCGCUAGCAUCACUCCACCUCGCCGGCAACAGCUUCACCGGAGAGUUCCCGACCGUCGUCGGGGGUUGCCAGGAGCUGGCCACCGUAGACAUCGGCAACAACAGGUUCUACGGCGACAUCCCUCGCUGGAUCGGGACCUUCGUUCCGGCGCUGAAGAUCCUUAGGCUCAGCUCGAACAACUUCAGCGGCCAGAUCCCUCCGGAGCUGUCGCAGCUCUCGCAGCUCCAGCUGCUGGACCUGGCCCACAACGGACUGACGGGGCUGAUCCCGAGAGAGCUGGGAGACCUGGCUUCCAUGAAGCACCCCAAGAUCAACUCCAGCACAGGAUCGCUGGACGGGUCCAUCUACCAGGAUCGGAUCGACAUCAUCUGGAAGGGGCAGGAUUUCACGUUCCAGAGGAUACUGGAGCUGAUGACGGGCAUCGAUCUGUCGGGCAACUCCCUCUCGCAUUGCAUCCCUGACGAGCUCACCAAUCUCCAAGGCCUCCGGUUUCUGAACCUGUCGAGAAACCGUCUGUCGUGUGGAAUUCCUAGCAGCAUCGGAAGCUUGAACGUUCUCGAGUCACUUGACCUCUCGAUGAACGAACUGUCAGGAGCCAUUCCUCCAGGGCUGAGCAAUAUGCUGUCCCUCAACAAUCUGAAUCUCUCGAGCAACAACUUGUCGGGCACGAUACCCACUGGGAGCCAGCUCCAGACCCUCACUGACCCAUCGAUCUACAGCAACAAUCCCGGGCUCUGUGGACCUCCUCUCAACCCUUGCCAAGACACGUCACGUGUUCAUGAAGGAGAUGUCGGAGGAUACCGGGACGGGGACCCAUGGCUGUACUACUGUGUGAUCGCUGGAGUCGUUUCUGGGUUCUGGCUGUGGUACGGGAUGCUCUUCUCCGUUGCGAGGUUGAGGUGCUCUGUUUUCUUCUUUGCUGAUCGCGUACAGUACAGAGUUAUGCAGAAGAUGCGGCCUUUCAAUCAUUUUGUUUCGAAAGAGAAGAGCGAUCCAUCGUCUGUGCCUAUGUUUUCUACAAGUGAUACAAGCUGAAGAAUGGACUACUGAUAUCUUCUCUUUUUUUCCCCUCUGCCCUAGUGCAGCAGGAGAUUUGCUGUCUUUCUUUGUACGCUUUAAGAUGUACUGUAAUGCUGAGAGGAGGCCAGAAGGAUUAUAGUCAACUGUUGUAUAGCAAUUUCAGUAAAAAAAACAUUAUAUUUUU